UGCACAGAGAGAGGCUGCAAGUAUAAAAAGGGACUGGGGACUGUUGCAGACCGCACUCUCCACACACCCUGACACACUCUACCAAGCUCCCAGACAACUGAGAAGAGAAUACUCCUUAAGAUCUUCCAGAGAUGGCAAAGGUUUUCAAGAAGACCAGUGGAAACGGAGGGCUGACCCUCUACCUGGGGAAGAGAGACUAUGUGGACCAUGUGUCUCAAGUGGACAAAGUUGAUGGUGUUGUAAAGCUGGACACAGCUGAUUUUGGAGACAGAAAAGUGUUUGUGCAGCUGGCAUGUGCCUUCCGUUAUGGUAGUGAUGACCUGGAUGUGAUGGGCCUGUGCUUUAGGAAAGACAUCUGGAUCCAGCAAGUCCAGAUCUACCCCGAGAGCGACAAGCCCACCAUAAGCACAAUGCAUGACACCCUGCUGAAGAAGGCUGGAGACAAUGCAUACCCUUUCAGUUUUGAAAUUCCCAACAACCUGCCAUGCUCAGUCUCUCUGCAGCCUGGACCAGAUGACAAGGGGAAGGCUUGUGGUGUCGACUUUGAGGUCAAAACUUACCUUGCCAAGGAAAAGAACAACCCUGACGAGAAGAUUGAAAAGAAGGACACUGCUCGCCUUAUCAUUCGUAAAAUCCAGUACGCCCCCUCUCAGGUGGGCGCCGGGCCCAAGGCUGAACUCUGCAAAAGCUUCAUGAUGUCGGACAAGCCUGUUCAUCUAGAAGCUUCCAUGGAGAAAGAUCUCUACUUCCAUGGCGAAGCAAUCCCAAUCAAAAUCAAAAUCAACAAUGAAAGCAACAAAACAGUCAAGAAAUUCAAAAUCACUGUGGACCAAACCACAGACAUUGUCCUCUACUCAGCAGACAAAUACACCAAGGUGGUUCUUAACCAAGAGUUUGGAGAGACAGUGGAGCCCAAUGGGACCUACGAAAAUACUCUGAGCAUCACACCACUGCUUUCUGAAAACAAGGAGAAAAGGGGGCUGGCGCUGGACGGACGACUGAAGGAUGAGGACACCAACUUGGCCUCCACCACUAUGCACCGAGCGGGUGUGGAAAAGGAGGUGUUAGGAAUCCUGGUUUCUUACAAGAUUAAAAUUAACCUCAUGGUGGCCGGAGGAGGCCUGCUCGGCGGCCUCACUGCCAGUGAUGUCACAGUGGAACUGCCAUUGAUGCUCAUGCACCCCAAGCCUGAAGAGUAAAGACUGCACAUCAGUUGUCUUGAAAGAAAACUCCCACAUAGUCAAGAGGAUGUUACCCUGGAGGUUGAGAGGAAACCCACAGAAAGACAGGAAGACAACGAGGGGAAGUGACACAAAACAAAGAAGAAGAAGGAUGCGACUGGUGUAAUGAGACCAAAUAACAAUAACCGAGUGACUGAAUGAGAGAAUGACCUUUUCGACACAUCAAGGAUGUAUGUACAGAUGUAACAUCAGUCCUCUCACAGAUUUUGUUGUUCUUGUUUUUUGUUGUUUAAUUGAUGUCAUUUAGCUGUAGAAGGGAGUAUUUGGAUUGCAAAAUAAUAUCCAACAUUUAGAGACCAAAGAUUUGUGUAGAACCACACUUAUACAUGUGCAAAAUAAAAAUCAUUUCCCCACCCUUCAGAGAGAGGGGGGAAAGACAGGAAAUCAGCUUGUAGCCCAUAAAAACCACUGUGCUUUCGAUAACAGUGAUGCACUCAUCUCUUAUUUUGAAUGGCACUUUUUUCUUUCUGUGAAAUGUAUCAGAUUUUGUUUCUGACGUCAAGUCGGAUAACCCAAAAUACAAUAAAAAUGAUUGUAAAAACAGAA